AUGCGUAUCACAAGUAUACGGAGAGCUCCUAAACCCAACCUUACUGGCUUCGACCCUAAAGCAUUCGCAAGAGCGGCUGGACCUCCUGCAAACGACCCAUGGGCGCGAGCGGAGGCAUGGCGAUACACGGGACCUUUCACACGAUGGAAUCGAUUCAGAGGCAGCUUCCCAGGCUUAGGCAUAGCGACUGUGGCAUUUGCGGCGUAUUGCGGGUACGAAUACAUGUUUCUGAAUGAUGAUCACGGACAUGGCGAGCGUCACGGAGAGUCACAUCAUUGAAGAAGAGAGUUUGGGGCACAUUGUACAUAUGGGAAUAGGAUGAUUCUGAGGUUCCGGAUCUCCCAGGAUCUGCGGAACUUCAGAUGUGUUUCAGCAUCUCUGCUCUUGAUCUUUCGAAUGUGUGGUUGCUGAUUGGUACUAUGGACAGUGAGCUUGGAUACCAUUCUUAGUGCGUGGUCAGUGGAAAGCCCCAGUCGGCAAGUGCUGAUGGAUAGCUGUCGGAAUUGUGCAUUCUACUUAUAAGAAUAAUCUGGGAAUGCGAUUUUGGUCUUGAAUCGGCUGUGGCUGCCUCUCGAAUAUCUUUCUAUCCAUGAAACAGCGU